UUGGAUGCAUAUUUUUUGAAAUGGCAUCAGGAAGGCCUCUUUUUCCUGGUUCAACUGUUGAAGAUGAACUGCACUUAAUUUUCAGACUCCUGGGAACCCCAUGUCAAGAAACAUGGCCAGGAAUUUCUUCCAGUGAUGAAUUUAGAAACUACAACUUUCCAAAGUAUAAACCGCAACCCCUCAUCAACCAUGCACCAAGGCUAGACACAGAAGGAAUUGAAUUGAUAGCGAAGUUCCUUCAAUAUGAAUCGAAGAAGAGAAUUUCAGCAGAAGAGGCCAUGAAACAUGCAUACUUCAGAAGUCUUGGAACAAGAAUACACACUUUGCCUGAAAGUGUUUCAAUAUUCAGUCUAAAAGAGAUUCAGUUGCAAAAAGACCCUGGCUUUCGGAAUUCUGCUUACCCGGAGACAGGCCACGGGAAAAACAGAAGGCAGAGCAUGCUUUUUUAAAGUGGGCGGUGCGGAGUCAAGCCCAAGCCUAUCCUGUCAGUGCAGGACUCGGAUCUGAAGGCAGUGCUCUCUGUUGGUGGACUUGGAAUCACAGUUUGUCUACACUGUCCUCUUCACAGUGGAGUCUUUUUAUUUCCAACCUGCAGAUUAUGUUUUUAUAUUUGUUGUCACAGUGUGACAAUUUUUUGUACAGUUGGUUUUAAGGUCUCCUCUGCCACUAGAGCCAGUAGGUUACUGCUGUCGAUGUAACUGUAGCUGCAAUUUUUGUGCAGGACUGAGAAACACAGUGCAUUAUUUAUUGCGGAAUCAUUGCUGCUAAAUAACUACUGUCUGUAUAGUUAACACAACAGUUCCAUGCCUGAAGAAGUUGCAAUGGCUUUAUAAUAUGUGGAUGCAUAUGUUUCUCUUCAUAAAAUGUUCUACUGCUGCGGGAUUUUUUUUGUAUUUCUUAAACUGCAGUGUUUCCUGGAAUGUAAACAUAGCUUUGCUUGGCUAUAGGUGAACCAUCCUUAACGCUCUAAGUUCAUGGCACUUAAUUCCUUAUUUAACAUUGGAAGUAUGUGUUGAAAUAGUUGAAAAAUUAUAAUGCAUAUUAUGUUUUUGAAAAGCACAUGGUGUGAAAGUUGAUUCAAACAAGUGAACAGUAACAGUUUAUUUGCUCUCAGAUCCUACGUUAGUUAUUGAUCAUUUAGAGCCAGGAGGCCGGAAGAUAAAUUUUGUCAGGCUUACUCCAGCAUAAGAUACUUGCACAUUGUUGUGCAUGUAUGGCCUGCAGAAGCAAUUACUUUUUCUAUCUUGUUUUUAACUCAGAAAUACAAAUAAGUAAAAGGUGACUCAUAACAUGUUUGGCCCUGGCUUCCUUUUGAAAUUCAGAAUUUCAUUACAGAGGAACAGGACAAUUACAAGAACACAGGAAUAAUGUCAUGCUUUUCCCACCUUGUUGCUCUUCCAUUGGUGCAUUUUUCAGUUGAAAUCAACUGGAAAGAUGCAAGUUUGAUACGAACUCACUAUACUACAGAGCUUUUGCAUUGGGAACUUAGAGAGUUUUUCAGAUCUUAGAUGUUAUCUGUUUACCAGAGAUAGUAAACAUUACUACUAUGCUUAUGCAUCUCAGUGAGUAUCAUAAGUACGCCCUUGGUGAUGGUUACAGUAUUUUUAAGCAUUUGUGUUCACCUUUAUGAACCUAUUUGUUUAGUGCAUCUUAAAGAGACUGUAAAUCUUUAUUGGUAUAUUUUGAAAUGGUCAUGUAAAUCUUUGGCUGGUAUAUCAUGAAAAUAGUCAUAGGUAACUUAAUUUUUCCUGACAUUCACUGUAAAACAUUCAGGGGUCCUACCAUUUCUGUUCAGGAAAUCUUGUAGUUUAUUGUUAUUUAACAGUAUUAAGUGAAUUUUUGUAUAUUUCAUUUUAACUUUAUUUGUGAAUAGUGAUUGUGGCAUGUUUGGGGGUGUUUUAUUAAUAUUUCAUUGAUACUGGUAAAUUCGAAUUGGGAUUUUUUUUUUAUUUUCUGGAAGAGAGAAAUUCGUGUGUAACGGUGACUGUUGGACCACUACUGCUUUUCAGCAUUUGUAAACUGGUUUUACGUUAAAUCUUGUAGACCUAACAAACUGCUGUUAUUUCUAACUGACCGACCUGUAUUAAUAUUGUACUUUGGAAAGUAUAAAUAUUAUGUGGAAUUCUUUGGUUUUGUUUGGAAGUUUAUAAUAACAAAGGCCCUGUGUUGUUAAAAGUACAGAGGAAGCGAACUCGC